CCGGUGGAUAAGGGGUGGAGUUAAGUGGAUCGUUAAGGGUGGAGUCAGGCCUGGGCCAGGGGCUGGGGCUGGCUGAGUGAAAGGGUGGGUAAAUAUCCGGGAGAUUGGGUGGAAAGGGCAAGUCUGUGAAGAGGUGGGGUCUGGGCCAGGCUGAGAGGAAUGAAAGGAUCUAAGAAUGAGUCUCGAACCGCAUCAGGGGUGAAGUCUCCCCAACCAUGACCUCCACCGGCCAGGACUCCACCACAACCAGGCAGCGAAGAAGUAGGCACAACCCACACUCGCCCCCCCUUGACUCCAGCAUCAUAUCGAAGCCAGGUGUUAAGAAGGGUGCUGGACUCCGCUCCAGCCCCAAACUAGCGGAGGUAAAGAAGAAAGGAAGAAUGAAGAAACUCAGCCAAGCAGCAGAGCAAGACCUAAUUGUGGGGCUUCAAGGGCUGGAUCUGAACCUUGAGGCCAAGACACUGCCUGGUACUGGCUUGGUGUUUGAUGAGCAGCUAAAUGAAUUCCACUGCCUCUGGGAUGACAGCUUCCCUGAAGGCCCAGAACGGCUCCAUGCCAUCAAGGAGCAACUGAUCCGAGAGGGCCUCCUGGACCGCUGUGUGUCCUUUCAGGCCCGGUUUGCUGAAAAGGAGGAGCUGAUGUUGGUUCACAGCCUAGAAUACAUUGAUCUGAUGGAGACGACCCAAUACAUGAAUGAGGGAGAACUCCGUGUCCUAGCAGACACCUAUGACUCAGUUUAUCUGCAUCCGAACUCAUACACCUGUGCCUGCCUGGCUUCAGGCUCUGUCCUCAGGCUGGUGGAUGCGGUCCUCGGGGCCGAGAUCCAGAAUGGCAUGGCCAUCAUCAGGCCUCCUGGACACCACGCCCAGCACAGUCUUAUGGAUGGAUAUUGCAUGUUCAACCAUGUGGCUGUGGCCGCUCGCUACGCUCAAGUGAAACACCGCAUUCAGAGGGUCCUUAUUGUGGAUUGGGAUGUGCACCAUGGUCAAGGAACACAGUUCACUUUUGACCAGGACCCCAGUGUGCUCUAUUUUUCCAUCCAUCGCUAUGAGCAGGGUCGGUUCUGGCCCCACCUGAAAGCCUCUAACUGGUCCACCAUAGGUUUUGGCCAAGGCCAGGGAUAUACCAUCAAUGUGCCUUGGAACCAGGUGGGGAUGCGAGACGCCGACUACAUUGCUGCUUUCCUGCAAGUCCUGCUGCCUGUCGCCCUUGAGUUCCAGCCCCAGCUGGUCCUGGUGGCCGCUGGAUUUGAUGCCCUCCAAGGAGACCCCAAGGGUGAGAUGGCUACCACUCCAGCAGGGUUUGCCCAGCUAACCCACCUGCUCAUGGGUCUGGCAGGAGGCAGGCUGAUCCUGUCUCUGGAGGGUGGCUACAACCUUCGCUCCCUGGCUGAGGGUGUCAGCGCCUCUCUCCACACCCUUCUGGGUGACCCUUGCCCCAUGCUGGAGUCCCCUGGUGCCCCCUGCUCAAGUGCCCUGUCAUCGUUGUCCUGUACUCUGGAAGCCCUGGAGCCCUUCUGGGAGACGCUUAUGAGAUCAGAUGACACCCUGGAGGGAGACCAUGUGGAGGGGUACAACGUGGAGGAGGAAGAGGAGGGACCAUGGCCACCCCAAGCGCUCCCAAUUCUGAUGUGGCCAGUGUUGCAGGCUCGCACAGGGCUGGUCUAUGACCAGCGGAUGAUGGAUCACUAUAACUUGUGGGACAACCACCACCCCGAGAUACCCCAGCGUGUCUCCCAGAUCAUGUGCCGUCUGGAGGAGCUGGGCCUUGCCGGGCGCUGUCUCACCCUGCCUGCACGGCCUGCCACAGAUGCUGAGCUGCUCACCUGCCACAGUGCUGAAUAUGUGGGUCGUCUACGGGCCACAGAGAAAAUGAAAACCCGGGAGCUGCACCGCGAGAGUGCCAACUUUGAGUCCAUCUACAUCUGUCCCAGCACCUUCGCCUGUGCACAGCUGGCCACUGGUGCCUCAUGCUGUCUUGUGGAGGCUGUGCUGGCAGGAGAGGUUUUGAAUGGCAUUGCCGUGGUACGUCCUCCCGGCCACCAUGCAGAGCAGGAUGCUGCUUGUGGUUUCUGCUUUUUCAAUUCUGUGGCUGUGGCUGCUCGCCAUGCCCAGGCCAUCAGUGGGCAUGCACUGCGGAUCCUGAUUGUGGACUGGGAUGUGCAUCAUGGUAAUGGAACUCAGCACAUAUUUGAGGAGGACCCCAGUGUGCUCUACAUUUCCCUGCACCGCUAUGAUCAUGGCACCUUCUUUCCCAUGGGGGAUGAGGGCGCCAGCAACCAGGUGGGCCGGUCUGCAGGCACGGGCUUUACAGUCAAUGUGGCAUGGAAUGGGCCUCGCAUGGGUGACUCCGAGUACCUGGCUGCUUGGCAUCGUCUGGUGCUCCCCAUUGCCUAUGAGUUUAACCCAGAACUGGUGCUGGUCUCAGCUGGCUUUGAUGCCGCAUGGAGAGACCCGCUGGGGGGCUGCCAGCUGUCACCCGAGGGCUACGCCCACCUCACCCACCUGCUGAUGGGCCUUGCUGGUGGCCGCAUUAUCCUCAUCCUAGAGGGUGGCUAUAACCUGACAUCCAUCUCGGAGUCCAUGGCUGCCUGUACUCGCACCCUCCUUGGGGACCCGCCACCCCUGCUGACCCUGUCACGGCCCCCACUAUCAGGGGCCCUGGCCUCAAUCACUGAGACCAUCCAAGUCCAUCGCAGAUACUGGCGCAGCUUGCGGGCCACAAAGGUCGAAGACAAGGAAGGACCCUUCAGUUCUACGUCAGUCACCAAGGAGGCAAUCCAACCAGCCAGUCCUGGAUCAACGGAGAGGCUGACCAUGCUAGAAGUGUCCAAUCUGGAUGCAGGCACGGGGAAGGCUACCCCAGCACCCUCUGUGCAAGAGUCCAUUCCAGCCCAGACUAACUCAGAGACAGCUGUGGUACAGCUCACUAAGGACCAGUCUCCAGAGGCAGCCACAGGGGGAGCCAUGCUGGACCAGACCACCUCAGAGGCAGCUACACUGGACCAGACUACCUCAGAGGCAGCCUCAGGGGGAGCCACGCUGGACCAGACCACCUCAGAGAAGCCUGUGGGAGGAGCUGUGCUAAUUCAAACCCCUCAAGCCUCAUGUGCUAACAGCCAGACUCCUCCAACCUCACCUGUGCAAGGAGCCACACCCCAAAUAUCCCACAGUCCGCUGGUUGGGAAUCUUAGGACCUUGGAACUAGGCAACAAGGCUCAGGAGGCCCCAGAGUCUCAGAUUGCAGAAGAGAGGCUACUAGGAGAGACAGCUGGAGAUCAGAACAUAGAUGAUUCAAUGCAGGCCUUUGGGGACAUUGACCAGGCUAUGUUUUAUGCUGUGACACCGCUGCUCUGGUGUCCCCAUUUGGUGGCAGUAUGUCCCAUUCCUGAAGGAGGCCUGGAUGUGACCCAACCUUGUCAGGAGUGUGGAGCACUCCAGGAGAACUGGACAUGUCUGUCUUGCUAUGAGGUCUACUGCAGCCGUUACAUCAAUGCCCAUAUGCUCCAGCACCACGAAAGCUCAGGACACCCACUGGUCCUCAGCUACGUUGACCUGUCUACCUGGUGUUAUGGAUGUCAGGCCUAUGUUCACCACCAGGCUCUCCUAGAUGUGAAGAACAUCGCCCACCAGAACAAGUUUGGGGAAGACAUGCCCCACUCACAUUAACUCCUAGAACAUUCUCCUCUUCACCUUCUAAGGCCCAAGAUAGACCAGCCUUAGUUCACUCCAAUCUGUUCCUUGGAUGAGGGGCAGCUUCACUCCAUCCCUCCUGAAAACUCUUUAUAAUUCCCCAAGGGUGCUGAUUUAAGUUUAAAUACCUGUCAGAGGACAAUGUUGAUGAAUUAUAGCUCUCCCCCUGCCCACUGCUUACUCCAGGGAAUUUAUCGCCUCUGCCCCAAAAAGAAAGGGGAUAUAGCUCAGUGGCCCCAAGAGGAGACUCAUAUCAAGAUGACACUUUGGAGGGAGGAGGAACCAACUGCCAGGUGUGGUGGGGUUGCAUAUGUAAUAAAGUACAAACUGUUACAAAA